CUUCAAAUCACUCCUCUAGGCACCCUCUACUCUACACGCUUUCGGUCGCUAAAAGAGACACCCUGUAUUCGAUCCGCCAUCCCCAUUAUUAUUUCAAUCUUCCGAUUCGUUUUUCCUUUACAUCUCUUAGGUCGGCAAAGGCUUCCUCCAGCCACUUGAAACUUUCUGUACCCUGAGGUCGAUGGGAGAAGCCACAGCAGAUGAGAUCAGCAACUUCCGAGAAAUUGUUGCCUCGAGCCCAGUCGUGGUGUCCGCAGCUGGCUUUUGGGACAUCGACCGACAUUCACUCAGUUCGAUUAUGGCCACAUCUGUCGGGUAUCUCAUCGUUCUGAUCCAGUUCCGAGCUUCUCCAGAAUCUGUUUUGAAAACUCUCAGAAAUAGUACUACUACUGUCGAUGUUGCGUAAAUCCGUAGGCAAAACCGCACUUCAUGUUUUUGUAGCGUGGAAGCAGGAAGGGCGGGUGAUCCUCGCCGUCUUUUUUCCCACUUAUACUGUACCAGGUGGCUGAUUAACCCCGCUCACUUGGUUAUGCUGUACCGCACGCACGAGUGCGGGCGGGUUGCCUACUCGCUCGGCCCGUAAGGCGCCGUGGACAGGGGCGAUAAGCCCACCCGCACUCGUGCGUGCUGCCGACUGAUUCCGAAGAGCGCUCUCCUAUACCUUCCGUAUAGCUCCAUCCUUGUCGCACUCAUGGAGCAGCUCCCCUUGAGCGCUCUCCGGAAUCAGUCUGCUGUACAGCAUAACCACAGAGGUGAGCGGGGUUACUGGAUGCAUAAGGCGUGCAGGCGGGCUCGCCAUGGCAUCUUACGGCCCCGUGAAAGUAUGCAACCCAGUGAACGUAAUCAUCCAGUACAGUACUGGAAGCAGAAAAAAAAGACGGCGCGGAUCACCCACCCUGUAUUCACACCUUUCAAACUGAUGGAUAAAGCUC